GUGGGCGGGCGCUGGGUGCGCGGGUCCGCGCGGGUCCGUGCGGCCCGGCGGCCUGUUGAACAUGGAUUCCGCGCCUCCGCCGCCGGAUCUUUCAGAGAUGGAUCUGAGGAUAUGUCACGUAGAGUGUGUCCCUCAGGAAGUUUUAGUGAAGUUUCGGGGGAGGUGCAGACCCGAACGCGAGUUGGACUACCACAUAUUGCAAAGCGAAAUCCAGCACGUCCCCAAAACGCAAGUCGGCGUCGGUAUUGGAGAACGGUGUUUGGUCGAAGAGGAGGGGUCGGGGGAUUGGCACAGAGGCCGGGUGGUGGAGAAGGUCAACGAGCUCUAUAAGGUGGUUCUCGUCGAUUGUGGAAAAGAGCUGAAAGUCAGCGGAGCCCGGCUGGCCUCUGCCCACGGCGACCUGUUUCGGCUCCCUCCGAAGAUGGCCGUUGGCGUUUUCGCCAACGUCCUCCCAGCGGGGGAGAGGUGGUCCCCCAAGGCCGUCAGUUUCUUCAGGUCACUGGUAGGCCUGCAGGUGAAGGGCCACGCGCAAGCCCUUUCGCCCCGUCAGAUCGUUCUCUUCGAGGUCCCCCAAAUCAGCGCCCACGUUCUUGAACUGAAGUUGGGGAGGCCGGCGGACGGGGAUUCCUUCCGCCUGAUCGUGGAGCUGUCGGAAGAUUCCCGUCGUGAGCGAGCGCCGGGUUGGUCGCGGCGGAGCUACCCGCCGCCUCAGACUUCGCCGAGCGGCGACGGGGUUUUGCCCGAGUCCCGGCACAUCCCCUCCGGUCUCUGGCCACGUUUGUCCGUCGGCGUCGGAAUGAGCGCGAGGGUGAUUUCUGCCAAAAGUCCGGCCAGGUUUCACUGUCAGCUGCUCCGGUGGCUACCGGAGCUGGAAGCGUUGACCGCGGCCAUGACUUCGCAUUACGAGGCGGCCGGUAGGGGAAGCGGUCCGUCGCGUGACACCUUCGGGGUCCUCUGUGCUGCGAAGAGAAGGAACGGGCAGUGGCAGAGAGGGAUCCUGCAGCGGCUCUUACCGAACGAUCAAGUGAAGAUAUGGUUCCCGGAUUUUGGUAGCGGCGAGACGGUGCCCUCAGACCACGUCGAGAAACUGAAACGGGAGUUCCUUUCGGCGCCCUUGUUUUCGUUUCCGUGUUCCCUGUCCUGCCUCCGCGAUCCCACCGGGGACACGGUACGUUUGCAGCUGACCCUACUGAAGCAAGCCCUGCUAGGACGGGUCGUGGCCCUUUGCGUCGAUGGGUUCGGUGACGACCGUCUGGGUUUCGUGACGUUGCGCCGGCGAGACGUCCCGAGAGGGUCCGAGCGUCUCCGGCGGGAGAAUCGGUGCGUAGCGCUGAGUCUCCGGGAGGCCGAUGGAAAGCCCACCGACGCUCUGGGAGUCAGCGCGCUCCGUGACCCGGGGAAGAUCCCCGUGGACCGUUUCUUUGGAAAUGCCUACUGGUCAAGGCCUGAGAAAGACAGCUUAGUGGAAUUCGGUCUCCAUCUGAAGACGGUAGAGAUGAAGGUUGGCUCCACUCACGUGGCUUUUGUAGAGUACGUGUUGAAUCCUUCCAAUUUCUGGGUUCGGACCGAUAGCCAUCAAAACGAGUUCCGAGAUUUAAUGAAAAAGAUCGCGGACCUUUAUGACUCCCGUGGAGACGAGGAGCUGCUUCUCGAGAAGCCGGAGCCGGGGUCACUGUGUUGUGCGCGGUACGUCAAGGAUAGGCAUUUCUACCGAGCGGUGGUCACCGGCGUCGUCGGCUGCAAGGCUGACGUUUAUUUUCUGGAUUUUGGAAAUACCGAGUCGGUACCGUUCUACGAGGUGAAAGUGUUGCCGCCGGAGCUGUGUGAAUUACCCGCGCUGGCCAUGUGCUGUUCCCUGGCCCACGCGUUUCCCGUCGAAGACGUGUGGGUGAAGAACGCGACGGACUUCUUCAGAGCCGCCGUGUUCAACCGGACGCUGCUGCUCCAGGUUGUCGCGAAGAAGGACGACAGGUACGUUGUCGACGUACGGUGCCCGGGAACCUCAGAGGUUGUCAGCGCCGUCACGCUUAUGGUGGAGGCCGGAUACGCGGAGUAUUGGGAGGUAAAGUCCGAGUGCGCGCCGGAAGGUGAAAACGAUUACGCGAAAUCCGGGUUCGAGCCGGAACCCCCAAAACGUUCAUUUAGCCAGGAAAGGUCAGCCACCUCCCGGAGCGAUAGUACCGGCGUGCGAUCCGCGGGUAGAAAGCGCGGUUCGGACGCGGCAGAGGAAAACACCUCUCCCCUCCCGGAGUUCCCAGGCGGGCCUUCCUCGAGUUCGGUGGAUUGUUCUCCCAGAAGCUCUGCACAGUCCCGGGGGGAAAACGAGCCUUUGUAUCCCUAUAAAGUGUUGGCGUUCGAACCGGGAACGGUCAUGGACGUCAGAUGCUCCCAUUUCUGUUCCCCCGGAGAUUUUUCGUGCCAGCUUCUGAGCCGGGUACCCGAGCUGAUGUUACUGAUGAGAAGAAUCCAAGGUUAUUAUGGCGUUCAUCCCGAUCCCUAUCAGAUCGGAGAGGUGGCCUGCGUUGCCAAGAGUGCUCAGGACGGACUCUGGUACCGAGCAGCCGUUACGGCGCCGGUGACCGAGGGAGAGGUGGAUGUGGUGUUGGUGGACCGUGGGAACCGCGAAAGGGUUCCGUUGACUGACCUCCGUGCUAUGAAUCCAGACUUUCUGAUUUUGGAGGGCCAGGCAUUCACCUGCAGUCUUAAUUUAAUUGCCCCCGUAAGCACAGAGUCGUUGAAAUGGACCAAAGAGGCGUGCGUAGACUUCGGUGACUUCGUUUCUACCAGUGCCGUCUUGACGUGUACCGUCGUCAGCUUGCUUCGUGUGCGGCCGGGCCACUUGUGUAACGUAGUGGAUCUGCAGACCCCGUUUGUGAACGUGCGAGAAUUUCUUAUAAGCCGCGGCCAUGCCGAGCAGAGUGUAUCUUCCGUCCCCCUUCCGUCGCCGGCCGAUCUGUGCAGCUACUCGUUCUCUUCCUUCGGCAUAAAACUUGGAAGCGAGGAGGAGGUGUAUCUGUCCCACAUUUGUAGCCCCCGGAAAUUUUACUGUCAGCUUAAAAGGAACAGCGGGAACUUAGACACGAUUGCCCGAAAGAUCGCGGAGCUCGGCGACCACCCGGGUGGACCGGGAUGGGACGGUGACGGCCCGAGGCUGUGCGUCGCUAGAUAUCUCGCGGAUGGUCUUCCGUACCGCGCUUUGGCGACCCCAAUAAACUCCUCUUAUUUGCUAGUGUUUUUCGUGGAUUUUGGAAACGAGCAGAUAGUAGAAAGAGACAAAUUGAUUCCCAUUUCCGGGGACUGCCUAGAGUUGCUCUUCACCCCCAUGCAAGCCAUCAGAUGCUACCUGACCAGCCUCAGCCCAGCGGCCAUCCCGGUGGAACUCAGCGUCUGGUUUUCGGAUAAUUUUUUGGGAAAGCCGCUCAGAGCCGUCGUGGUGGCAAAGGAUUCGGAUGGCCGGCUCGGCUUAGAACUCUUCGAUGGGCAUCAGCUCCUGAAUCAGAAAAUUCAGUCCGUGCUUCGUUUCCAAGAGCGCGGGGGCUCCCGUCGGGCGCUGAGUGGCUCUCGGUCGUCCACCCCAGGAAGGCGUGAUGCAAGAGAGGAUGCGAACGCGGGGCCGAGGGGAUGUAAAAUCGUUGAUUCAGGGGACGAGAUGUUCAACCGGUUGUCCGGUGAAGGGAGUCGGACUGACCCUCCCAGUGGUUUUGCAGAAACGGUAGAUCACGCAAUAGGUCCCAACGCGGCGCGUUUUCAACCCCUGCGGGCGACGGCAGGCUUGGAUAAAAGUAAGCCCGACUCGGGAAACCCGGCCAGUCGGCGGGAGGCUCAGUGGCGGCCGAGACGUGGGCAUCCGCGGACUGAAUCCGGUUCUGCCGGAGAGCCCGAUUCCGAUGGGACCGGGGAAAAAUCUACCUGGGUUUCGACGGAACGCCUCACGGCUGGCGAGCGCCGCUCGGCCCCGCCGGAGGCGAGGGGCGUCGCCCGACCCAAGUACUCCGCCCUUCCUCAACCUGACGUCAACCGGAACGCCAAAGUCGAAGCGUACGUCUCCACCGCCGAUGGUCCGUCGAGUUUCUAUAUUCAUCUCGCAGAGCAUGAGCCGUUGAUCCUUAAACUGGCCGAAGAACUCAACGACGGAGCGAUGGACACGGGGCAGGAGAAGUCGGUGGUCGGGCUUGAGGCGGGAGACCUUGUCGCGGCAGAAUACGCAGAGGACAACGCCUGGUACAGAGCGGUCAUCAGUCGGGUUGUGACGGGGGAAUCCUUCGAGGUGGAAUUCAUUGACUACGGCAACAAGGCGAUCGUAAACGUCUCCCAAAUCCACACGCUUCCGGGCAAGUUUUUAGCUGUGCCCAGGCUUAGUAUCCAUUCUGUCCUUAGCGGGGUAGAGGGCGAUGAGUUCAGUGAACUGUGCAGCGGCGAAGCUUCGGCGUACUUUUCUGCAAAAGUCAACGACAGACUACUCACCUGCGAAUUUUUGCGAGAGCACGCGCAAAAGUGGGAAGUCGAUAUUUUUUACGACGGGAAGUCCGUCACCGAUGACCUUAGGGAAUGGAUAGCGGGCUCCGAACGUCAGAACACGGCGUCGAAAGGAGCCGGCCCGGUCACGGGUAGGAGAGUGGGGGAAGGAGCAGAAACCCGCGCGGCCGCUCCAGCUCUUAAACCUUCGAAAUUGGGGAAGAUUCCCAGGGAAGAGAUAAAGCCUGGACAGUCAGAGAUGGCCCAGGUUCUUCAGGUUUCAAAAUUAGGGGGAAACUUCUACGUCAGAUUAACCAAAAAUGCCCAGGUGGCAGCCGAUUUGACAUCGUGGGUUGCUAGAGAAGCCGAGGACGGCCGUCCGCUGGCCGCGGAAGAGAUCGAAGUGGGCCUGGAGUGUUUGGCGAAAUCUGAAGAAACACUGAAGUGGUAUCGGGCAACGGUGAAGAACAGGGACUUCAGUAAAGAGAAAAUGCUUGUUUUUUUUAUUGACCGCGGUACCUUUGAAGUAGUGCCUCUGAAGGAUGCAAAGGAACUCAGUAGUGAGGGUAGGACUAUUCCAAGACAGGCCGUGCCUUGUAAAUGGGUUUGGAUGGCGGGUUCGGGAAAGGCAUUUGACCUGGGCGUAUUGGCUCGCUCUGAAGUCAAAAUCCUUUUCCUCAGGUAUGUUGACACUGCCUGGGAAGUGGACAUUUUGGUCAACGAUAAGUCGCUUUUGGAAUACUCAAAUUCUAUUUCUCCAGAUGGAAAAAGCAAAAAUCGCCGUUCCGCGAAGGCCCCGCCCGGGGAUCCCGAGAUACUUGUCACGUCUGUCAGCGGAAAUUCAGUUAAGUGGGCCGGGCUCCAAAGGGGCGAGCGAUAUCUAGGGUUUGUGACUGUUGUUUUCGACCCAUCCGACUUUUGGAUUCAACUAGAAGACUCGUUUGACACCAUGAGAGCGCUGUUUACGAUGCUGUCUGACUUACCCCCGGAUUUACCGACUUUGCCUCAGGACCUGGUGGUUACCGGUUCCAGUGGCUUGAUCAGGUUCGGAUGUUUCGAUCAGUGGAAUAGGGUAGAAAUUUCUAAAGUCUCAGAUAAGUCUGUGGAACUCGUAUUCAUCGACUAUGGAUUUUUUGCGUGCAUCCCUCGCUCGGAUCUGGCUCAUCUUAAGGUGGUGCCCAGGGGACUUAGGUAUUUACCGCGAUUGACUUAUCCCUGCGCCUUAUACGGUGUGGUGCCUGCCAUGGGUAAACGUUGGAGCGAAGAAGCCAGAGUUCUCUUUCGAGGUCUUCUGAGUAAACCAAACCUGACUUUCCAGAUGAGGGGAUAUAAUUUAGGAAUGAAACUGCAAGUAGACGUUUCGCACGAGCGGAGCAGCGUAGCCGAGAGGUUAGUCGCGGCUGGUCACGCGGUUUAUUCCGCGGAUCUUGUGGUUGGCCGUCAGCCUUCUGAAGUGCCUCGUGAUCCGAAGACUAAAGGUUUUAGGCGGUUAUUCGAGGGAAGGUACAGUCCCGAUGAAAACGGACUCUCGCCGUGCUCCGAGAAGGAACCUCCACGGCCGGGGAUUUUUAAAAUCCAACAGGAGGAUGUCCGGGAGAACUGCUCCAGUGAACGGUUGCAUUUCGGAAGCGUAAGCGCACAGAGGAAAACGCAUCAUAGAAAACACGAGUCCGGAAGCGCCUCGGAAGUGGCGUCCUGUGAAGGAGCUGGGAGUCUGGAACCCUGCGAUGAUUCGAAGUGUGAAAUCAGUAGCCGUGAAAAUUCCAAGGAAGACCCCCCGUCCGGAGAACGAUGGGAGGCGUUCAAUAUGAGUGACCCCGAGACCGAAACGACGGCCUUCGAUGUCGAGGAAGAAACGGCAUCGAAAGAAUGGACCGAGGGUUCCUACGGAUUGGAGACCCCUUUCUAACACGUGCAGGUAUCAGGUCGGAACAGCUUUCUACAGUUUGAGGGACUGGAUCGUAUGGAAAAUCCCACUUAACUGGACUGGACCUCCGGAAUUACAAUCGCUUUUUGGAGCACAUUACCUAGUAAUGUUGGAUUGAAAAUAAUCUUGGUUAAAUAUAAAAAUAAAGCUGAAACUGCCGCCGACCGUCUGAAGUAAACA